UACUUGCAUCGGUAACCACAACAAAAUUUUGGACAGGCCGGAGUAUCGUGGUUGUUUUUAUUUCGUAAAAAUCAACUUUAUUCUGCAAUUUAUUUAUAGAAGUUGUUUGAAACUUGAAGGAUAUUGAGCAUAGCCACAAAUUUAAGAAUGGACGAACCUCAGGAAGGGAAGAAAGAAGAGAAGGAGACUGAUUUUAGACGCUUGCAGAGCUAUCCACUCAUUCGGCACUCAGACAUGAAUGAAGAGAUGCGUACUGAAGCUGUAGAGCUGUGCGUCACAGCUUGUGAAAAAUUCUCCAGCAACAAUGAGACUGCUGCUAAAAUGAUCAAGGAAGCGAUGGAUAAGAAGUUUGGGUCCUCCUGGCACGCCAUCGUCGGGGAAGGCUACGGCUUCGAAAUCACCCACGAGACCAAAAAUAUCCUUUACCUGUUCUUUGGAGGCAACAUGGCCGUGACUGUGUGGAAGUGCUCAUAAUUACUCGGUAUUCAUUCCAGAUCUAGUGAUGUAGUGAGAUAGUGUUGUAAUAUUUAUUGAAUGACUAAGCUGUCUGUUGAAUUUCAUCUUUUGUUUUGGCCUGUAAAUAUCGGGCUGUAGCCAAAUCGAGGAUGAAAAGUCCUUGCCGUGGAGAUUAACAAAAGGCAUUGCAAGCUGCCUGGAAUCGUGGAAGCAUCCUGAGAAAUGUUUCAGUUUAAUUUUCAGUGUAUUCCUGGUGUUUCUUUCAAAUGAAUUAAUACCUUGAGUUCCUUUUCAGAUGAAAAUCUCUCCACUGCAGUUGGGCUUACAAGGUUUUUACUAGACUUCAAAUUAUUUGUAUCAUACGUAUAUGUACAAAUUUGAUUGAUUUAUGACAGCCAAAUAGUCUUCACGUGUACCUGUAUUCUGCUUGCCAUGACAACCUUUGAAAUGGCCAAUAUCUAACACCUGGCUUUGCUGCAUUGUGGUGGCUUCAGAACAGCAGAACUCAGAGACUGUUGCAUAAUUUACAUUCUGUUGCUUGAUGCUCUCUUUUUUACUUCAAUUCAGGGAACACACAAUUGGGUGACUGCAGUGCUGGAUUAUGUUAACAGUACUGUCAAGGGAAGUAGGCCUCUUGCCUGUUUGUGGUCACAAGGUGAUGGCAAGAAUGUAACAAAACCAGGAAAAGACAGGGCGAGGAGAAAAAGAGAUGAAAAUCACCAAUUUUGUUUAAAAUACCUCAGAAUUGGCCCCUGCACCAAUGAUGAUUUAUCAGUUUGCUCCUGAGUGUUCCCCCCCCAAAAGCAUUUUAUAUCUUGUGUAGCCUAGUUGUUUCGAUAUGGUUGCAAUUUGCAUUGUAUUCUCGCUGAGUUCAAUGCUUCUUUGUGAUUAAUACUUCAAAGGAGACUUGUCGGUGUUUUGGUGGUUUAGUGUUUCAGUACUUCAUUGUAUUCUUCGUGCAGAACAUGAUGCCUCGAUUGAAACAAAAAUUGCCACAUUUCCUUCUUGAGUGGAUUGAUUCAGAGACCAGCUUCAAGACAAUCAAGAAAACUUCUUGUUUAUGUCCAAGUAGAAGUAUAUGUACCUGUGAGACCGGAACUUGAUUUAAAAAGCAACUGUCACUACAGAAAGCAAUUUUUUAUCAAACCGUGUCAGCUUGCUGCGGAGGUAGAGUGACGCAAGUUUAACAUUUCUAGUGGUAAAAUGUCGACAUUAUGUUUCUGUUCUUGGCAUUAAUGUGAUUUUGAACAAUACCACUACCAGCUUCAUUAGAUAUGUACUUUCAUAUUGUUCCCCAGAUAAUAGACUUGAAUUAUGUACAGAUAGGGUUUUCUUAACCAUUUUGUUAGUGUGUGUACAUAUUUCCUUGAAAAUGUUUUAUAUUUGGGGUAAUUUGGGGAUCCUCUGAAGAUCUUAACAUCCCUUUUUCUUGUUUGAAAUGCCAUACAAAAUGUAAUUCUUAUUGCUUUUGUAAUUUGAGAAUGACUGAAGUAAGUCUUAAAUAAGGUUUAUUCACCACGGUUUGGUUUUUUUAAUGCAGAAGUUUAGCUCUAGUCUGUGUCAUUUCUUAUAUCAACACAAGUAUCUAAAAGAAAUGCAAUUAAUCAUUGCCCUAAUGACAGUAGAGGAACAUUAUCAUCAAGCUGGUCAUCUUUACAUUAACUACAAAGGGAGACUCCCGAGAAAAAUGUUGCUUUUAUAUGUACAUUUAGUGGAACAUACACAACUUCUGCAGUAUUUACCUAAAAUGGAAGUUAUGGUCUGUUUGAUAACUUAUGUUUGAUGCCCUGCAAUUAGAAAUAAAGAUAUGUCUGCAGAGAUAGAA